AUGGUUUAUAACAUCGGAGUCCCAUUAAAGCUUCUCCAUGAAAGCCAGGGGCUGACGGUCACCGUGGAGUUAAAAACCGGAUACAUAUAUCGCGGAAAGCUCAUGGAUAUUGAAGAUAACAUGAAUAUACAACUGCGCGAAGUAACUGUUACAGCCAGAGAUGGGAAAAUGACCUCUGCCGACGGUGUUUUUAUCCGCGGGUCUUCCGUCAGAUAUUUCAUUGUUCCUGAUAAUCUACGCUAUGCGCCUUUCCUGCAAACAAAGACCGCUGCAAGGGGGGCUGGAAUAUCUGCCGGAGCCGGCUCGCUUCCUAACCUCGUGGGUCGCCCUGUCCACCGUGGAACCGGUGGAAGGGGCGGGGGUCCCAUUCCGGCAAUGCGAGGCCCGCCAAUCGUUCGUGCCAGACGUGGCUGUCCUGCUUCAGCAUGUACUGGAGACGUUUCCCCCGGUGUUAAUUCACCAUCUGAUGUUUUUUUCACACCAGGGGCAAGUUUUUGCGACUUGAACGCUGAUUCGUUUGCGGACCCCGGUAACUUUUAUGGCGAAUUUUGCGCGGUGGUCCUGGAUCCAUUUGAUGCCGUCAGACUAUAUUCGCAUUCCGGAUGUUUCGGAUCGAAUUUUUCUUCCAAGGGCGGACCUAUCCUCACCUUACUACCUAUCUGUCGAGGAGGUGGUCUAUUUGAGCGUGACCUUUGGAGAACGGUUUUUGUGCUGCAAGAAUAUUAA